AUGAUGUCCACCAAAAAACCCUCUAAAAUUUCUCAGGUCGAAAUACUAUUGACACCAGUGACACUCCUGAAACAAUUCUUUUCUUUAUCAUCGAAAAUCGCAGAUAAUUCAAUGUUAACAAUAUGCAAACAAAUAUUAAUAAUAUUUAUCAUGUUUUAUGUAUCGAUUUGUGCUAUUAUCGAUGCGAAAUUAAUACAUCCAAAGAGUUCAUCAUCGAUUCUUAAAAAUAUGGAUCGAGCUUCGAUUGUUUUCAACAUGAUUCUCUGCAUUGUUAUUAUAUUAAACACAAGAAAAACACGAUAUGAUUAUGUGCAGAGAAUCAAAGAUUUUGACAGUGCUAUUGAGAUCUAUUUCCAAAAUGGCCUCGACAAACAAAUACAACAUUGUCAAUCAAUUACGAACAAUGAACUACGUUUGUAUUUGUUACACUUUCUUCUGAGUGUUUUUUAUCUCUCAGUUAAAGUUGGUUUUGGCUGGUAUAGUGAAGAUGUCAUACAUUAUCGCGUCGCCAUUUUGUUGGGAGUCAUCUUACGUUCAAUUGUAGUGUUUGAUUUCAUUGCUGUGUUAAAUAUGGUUUUCGCUAGAUUUAAAUUAGUGAAUCAUGUUGUCCAGCAAUUAAUCCAACACAAACGAGUAAAAUCAACGAAUAAAAACAUUGUUAUCUCUAUGAGUUUACUCGCUGAAAAUAAGUCAAGGUCAUUGAAUAAUGUUUGUAAGAGUGCUGAUUUGAAACGUAUUAAAGAUACUUUGACGAUUCUACGAUUGACGCAUGAAAGUUUAACGAUGAUUUGUCGUGACUUGUCGGAGGUUUAUGGCGUGUUUCAUGCGCUGGCGAUUCUGACAUCGUUGAUUGAAGAAGUCAAUCAAGCGUUUUCGGUGUUUAUUGUUGGUUUAGAUGCGGAAAAGUUGAGUGAGUUUGAUUUUAAUUAUGGAUUGGUGAAAGCGGCUAUGUUUAUGAUGAUUAUUGGCAUAACACAUUUUUAUUUUGUCGUGUUUUAUUGCAGUGCUGUUGAGGAUGAAAGCUUUUUUACAAGGAUGUUGAUUCAAGAUCUUUUUCUUGAGACUGGUUAUCGGAGGGAAAUUAGUGAGAAUCUAAGAUUGUUUGCGUUGCAGUUGAGGCAGACAGAAGUUAAAUUUUCGGCGGCUGGUAUUUUUGAGUUGAAUUGGAAAUUGAUGAGUUUGAUUGUGGGUGAAAUAAGUUCUUACCUUAUUUUCUUCAUACAGUCGUCUGGGUUUACGUUUGAGAGUGAUGAUCACUCGGCUGAUAGUCUUCACUCGCUUUAUAGUUGUGCUGUAAAUUAAAACGCCUGCAAAAUAAAAAUAGAGGAAAGGUGAAGGAUAAAUAAUAGAAUAGGAUAAGUGUGGUUCCUGUUGGUUGUAAGUUUUGAAAUAAAACAGCAGGUUUACGAUUUAAAGGCACUUUUAUUGUUUGUACUUGUAAAUUGUUGGCUUCUCUUUGGUUUAUGAGUGAAAAUAUUUUAAAUUUUAAUAAAUAAAAGUGUUAGUUGUAAUUUUGAAAAAAAAUGAAUUUAUCAACUGUAAUUUAUUUGCAGCUACGUGCAAUUUUGCUAGAAUAAUUGAUAUUUUAUUAUUAAAAUAAUUAAAUAGUGUA